CCGGAAAAUGAAGCAAUCCUCCGGCUGGAUGUUUUCCUCUUGCUUUGGGAGGAGGCGACGCUGCUACUGAUUUCUUCUGCGCCUCGCUCCGGAGCCGCCGCCGUCCCCUCUUUGCUGCGUCUGGGUUUUCUCCGCGCUGCACAAACGGGGUUUGCACCGCCCUUGGGUCCCGACCCGUUUUCGUCCCGUGAACUGAAGUGAGAGUCCCCGAUUGCUUUCCGGGGAGCUCCAGUGGAGGUGGGGCGGGGGGGGGAAUGAUGUCCCAUGACACGAGCGAGCGGCCCCCCAACCCAGAGCCGCCCCCCGCGACUGUCUACGUGUUAGUGGAGGACCCGCGGUCUACGGACGCCCUCCAGCUGCUCAGCCUCAGCUCUGUGCCUCCAGAGUCUGGGAUUGUGGCUGACAUUGAUUUGGAGAACAUCCUCUCUCUGACCAGCGAGAACUUCUACGAACUCAAGAGCCAACCCAUUGGUGUCAGCCCUCCAAGGGCCCCAGCUCAAAGUCCUAACAUGUCGUCCCGGGUUCUACUCCGGCAGCAGCUUAUGCGGGCACAGACGCAAGAACAGGAACUUCGAGAGCAACGGCAGGCAGCCCAGUUCACUCCUGCACCCGCUGCAUCAGCCACCCUGGCUAUUUCUGUGAGCCCACUAGCUCGCCCUGCACCUGCCCAGGUGCCUGUGGAGGUAUUGAAGGUUCAAACCCACCUGGAGAACCCCACAAAGUACCACAUCCAGCAGGCACAGAGACAGCAAGUCAAACAGUAUCUUUCUACAGCUAGCAAGAUGUCAACACAGGCAUUAACUGGAACUAGCCCGGGUGCACCCACGUGCUCCCCACAGGCUGUUUCAGGUCCUGAGCCCCCACCUGGCUUGGCUCACCAGCAGGGCGUGGCAGGAAGCACUGGCAGUGCCCCCAAUAGUCCUAUGGCGAUGCUCAACAUUGGUUCCAACUCUGAAAAAGAAAUUGAUGAUGUCAUCGAUGAGAUUAUCAGCCUGGAAUCCAGCUACAAUGAUGAAAUCCUGAACUAUGGUGGCCUGCAGAUGCCCAGCACUCUGCCAGUCUCUGGAAACCUCCUGGAUGUGUACAGGAACCCAGGAAUGAUGGAACCAGCUGUAACUGCCAGCAACUCCUGCCCAGCUGACCUGCCCAAUAUCAAGAGGGAGAUGUCAGAAACCGAAACCAAAGCAUUUCUGAAGGAAAGGCAGAAGAAAGACAACCACAAUUUAAUUGAACGGCGUCGUCGGUUUAAUAUAAAUGACCGAAUUAAAGAACUGGGGACCCUCAUCCCCAAAUCCAAUGAUCCGGAAAUGCGCUGGAAUAAAGGGACUAUCCUGAAGGCCUCAGUAGAUUACAUCCGCAAAUUGCAGAAGGAACAGCAACGCUCCAAGGAGAUGGAGCUGAGGCAGCGUAAACUAGAGCAAGCUAACCGCAGCCUGCAGCUACGAGUCCAGGAGCUGGAACUUCAGGUUCAGAUGCAUGGGCUGCCUUUGACUUCCACCCAGGGCCUUCUGGCACAGUCCUUGGGAGGAGACCCCAUUCCACCCUUUGCGGAGCCCCUGGACCUGCCCUUUUCAGCUGAAGAGCUGGGUCUGGGUCUCGUAAUGGGAUCUGAUGGGGGAGCCCUGGAAGAUGUUCUCAUGGACGAUGGGACUGCGCUGUCCCCACUGGGUGCCUCUGAUCCACUCCUUUCCUCGGUCUCUCCUGGUGCCUCAAAGGGCAGCAGCCGCCGUUCUAGCUUUAGCAUGGAAGAUGAUUCAUGAUGGCAGCCCUUGGAUGGAAGGGCUGGAAACGUCUUCACCGUUUUACAGGUCUUGUUCUGACCCAUGGCAGACUGCUGCUUACACUCAACAGCUUCAAAUCUUGGAGGCUGCUGUAGGCUAUAACCUUCUGGAAGUAUCAUUCCUUUCAUAAUAUUCUGUAUUUUUUAAAGGUGUCCCUUUAACCAAAUGGAGGGGGCUCGUGGUUAAACUUUCUUCUAGAGAAGGUGGGCUCAAACCGUGUAGUAGCAAACUUUCUUCUUAAUGCAGUAGAAGCAGAAUUUUGUUACAAAUUGUAGGACAAUUUGUAUGUUAUCUGCACCCAUUAAGGCAGUGUGAUAAACUUGUGCAUCUCCUGUACCUAUUCUAAACUUCCAUAGGGUGUUGCUUUAAUGCUGUGCAAGGAGCAUGUAAUCGCAAACCUUGAUUCCUUCACUUAACCUUUUACUCUUGCAUCUUUCCUGUAUAUAAUUUGGGAAGAAUUGGGAAGGGAGGGGAGGAAGAAAGUGGACUUCUUUCAUAACAUUUUUGGAAAGCAGAGAGCCACUAACAUUUUUUAAAAUGAGAGCUUUAUUUUAUAUAGAUAUAUUGGACUUCUUAAUUUGUACCUCUUAGCCUUUCCCUGUCACUGUUUCCAAGUUUUACUAAACUGCCACUUUCUACUUCGCAUUUAAUAUAUCAGUUGCUUGGCACUCUACUUCAUGAUACGACUAGCCCAUGUGGAGGGGCAACAAGACGGUACUUCUUGGAACUUCACUGGGCAAAAGUGCAGGGCAAAGAAAAGUAAAUAACAUUCUUGGAAUUUCACAUAUAACUAUUGAAGAGUCAUGGCUACUCAGUAGGAAUUAAUUGCCACCUCCCCUGUUUUUUGUAAGAUAAAUGGAACUAAUCAGGUUUUUUAAAACUAAUUUCUUGCUUACCAGAUUGAUGUUAGCAGAAACCCAACAAAUAGAACUGUUUGCUGAUUUGUUACACUAAAAAUACUGGAUCUAUGACCUGUUCUCUGGGUGUUUAAAAGAAUGGGCAAAAUUGUUGCAAAGACAAUCAUUUGGGCCUUCACUGGAAACUUUGUCACCGCCAUAUGUAUGAAUGCUCUUAAGAAGAUAUGAUGAGCCUGUUCCAAAAGGUUAUCUGAACACACAAACUGUUUGACCUCCAAUAUUAUUGAAUGUCUAGAUUUAAAUAGUUGCUUGGCAUUUCUGUUUUUCAAGAAGGAUAACUGAAUCUGGGAGGAACUUCCUCAGAGGGGUGGGAUCUGAAGAUGCACAGGAUAUAGACUGAACUUUAUAGGAGGAUGUGAUAAGAGCCUUGGUGGUGCAGGGGUUAGAAUGCUGUACUGCAGGCCAUUUCUGCUGGCUAUCAGCUGUUCAAAUCCCACCAGGCUCAAGGCUGACCCAGUCUUCCAUUCUUUCUCUCUUAGAGAGGGCUGUAAAGCACUAUAAAGCGGUAUAUAAGUCUAAGUACUAUUGCUAUUGCAAUAAGUAGCAAUUUGGGAAUGAGAAGAGUAUCUGGGCAGCUUCCCAAAUGAGAUCUUCUUGAGCAGGAGACAAGGAAAUGGGAUUAGAUGGUCAGUGUAAGUGAAAUGUUGCACAUUGGUAUUUUAGCAUGUUGGCAGUAAAGAAAGAUGGCAGAGGACAGAGCAGCUUGGAAAUUCAGUAUUAGGUUGGACAAGUGGUUUCGGUUCUUAAUGGGAAUUGAGUUGGACUGUUCAGGGUAUGAAAAAGGGGGAGAACUGCAAAUUUGAGGAGACUCUUUUGUGGAUUCUACAUCCUUAAUGACCCAGACACCACUUUCUACUGUUUUAUUUUGUAUGUUUAAACAUUUACAAUUACCAAUACUAGAGGCUUCUAAACAAAUAAAUGAACAAUGACCAUUUUCUACAGCCAA